CACACUCUCCCCUUCCCUCCCUCUCUUUUUUUUUUCUCUGUUUUUUCUCGCCCACCAAACACGACCCAAUAGCUAUCAUCAAGGCAUAGAAUCAGAAACCCCGUAUUGGGUUUUGUUUGGAUGCUCGAUUUCUUGGUGAUUCAAUUCUAGUUGUUUAAUUUCUCGUCCAGAAUAUUGAAGGUGACAUGCACCAUGUGAUGAUGUUGUUGUUGUGUCCAAUGCCAAUGAUGAGUAGCCAGGUGGUGAAGAGAGAGAGAGCAAAACUCGAAGCUUGCAUGACAUGUCCACUCUGCAAUAAACUCUUCAGCGAGGCCACAACCAUAUCCGAAUGCCUUCAUACCUUUUGCAGGAAGUGCAUAUAUAAGAAGAUAAUAGAUGAAGAGGUGGAUUACUGUCCAAAAUGCAAGGCUCAUUUAGGGGUUUCUCCACUGGAAAAACUCAGGGCCGACAACAAUUGGGAAGAUAUAAGGGCCAAGCUCUUCCCUUCUGACAGAAAAAAGGUCAACGCAGCUGCAGACCACAAUGUGCAAGAUAUAAAGGAAAAGACCGUCCCUUCUGAAACAAAAGAGUUUAAGGCACCUGCAGACCGCAAUAUGCAAGAUAUAACGCCAAAGCUCUUUCCUUCUGAAAGAGAACAGGUUAAGGCACCUUCUGUGUCCUCAGUAACAUUUCCAGCUAAAAGAAAGGAGAGGUAUCUGUCUUCAUUGGUGAUGAGUACACCUCAAGCAUCGUCCAGCUCUGAUAUGAGUGGAAGAAGAAGGUAUCCUACAAGAAGGAGUUUUACUCUACAAGAGUCUCUUUCCAUCCAGGAGCCUGAGAAGAAAGAGGAAGAUUUCCUGGAGAGACUUAACUCAUCAGGGACUCCAAAGAAAGAUGCAGUAUACACCAGACAGAAUUCUAUUGAGGGAUCAUCCAAGCAACACAUGGUUAACAAGGGUGUGGAGGACAAUGCUCAACCAGGGGUUGGGAAAGCUAAUUUGUGGAAACCAUUAAACCGCUCGGUGGAAGGUGCAAGCAAUACAAGUGCUGACAAGCUUCCUGUGCAACUUCCUGCUGCCGAAUCAGUGUUGUCUGAUAACGUCAACAAAGAAACACGUGAGAUUAAGGCCAUUCCGGAACAUGAUAACAUAUCCAAAGUCCAUGGCAAUGAAAAUGAAUCUAAUCCUGCACCAUCAGGUUCAGUGACAUUUAGGAAAGCACAACGUGGCCGAAAAAGAAAACCAGCUGCAUCCCAGGGACUUAAUAUUUCAGCACAGUAUGUCAUUGAUGCAAAUAAUAAAUGCGAAAGAAGAUUUAAGCCAAUUUGGUUCUCUUUAAUUGCUUCCAAUCACCAGGACGGCUAUGCGCCCUUGCCACAGAUACCCUCAUGCUACUUGAGAGUCAAGGAUGGCAAUUUACCUGUUUCUUUCAUAAAAAGGUAUCUGGUAAAAAAGCUGGAACUUACUAGCGAGGAUGAGGUGGAGAUCUCAUUGCUAGGUAAGCCGGUAAUUCCUACAUUGCUACUGCAGAACUUGGUGGACUUGUGGUUACGGACAACACCAGCAUCACAAAUAAUACAGACCUCCCCAGGAAGCUCAGCAAAGGAAUAUGUAAUGGCCCUCACGUACGGUCGAAAAAUGCAGCUCCAGUAGACCUGUUUUGGCUGUCCUUACGGUCGCAAUUCCCGUUAAAAGGAUGCAGUCGAGACAGUCUCAGCUGCUUUCACUGUUUGUUCUCAGCAUGCAUCUGCACUGAACAUUUCAUUUGUUUUUCCUUUUCAUCCCUGCAUGCAUUAUAUGCAUAUACUGCUUUGCAUGCAGUGUGAUGUACCCGGUACUUCAUAGUUCAUACUCCAGCAGGUUUUCUCGUUUUGUAGAAUUUUCUCACAGCAAAACCACAGAUUUUGAAAAG